AAAGGCUACGAGGCCACAGUAGGCCCCAUCAACGGGACCACGGAGUCCAGGUCUCCGCGGGACGACGAAGGCCACGGGACUCACACCGCCACCACCGCUGCCGGCUCCGCCGUGACGGACGCCAGCCUCUUCGGCUUCGCUAACGGCACCGCCCGCGGGAUGGCGACGCGGGCGCGCGUCGCCGCGUACAAGGUGUGCUGGGCCGCCGGGUGCUUCAGCUCCGACAUCCUCGCCGCCAUGGACAGGGCGGUGGACGACGGGUGCCACGUCCUUUCUCUGUCGCUUGGCGGCAAGAUGACGGAAUAUUAUGAGGAUAACAUCGCGAUCGGAGCGUUCAACGCGAUGGAGAAAGGGCUCCUGAUCUCGUGCUCAGCCGGUAACGGCGGCCCCAUCGCCUCCAGCGUCACCAACGUCGCCCCCUGGAUUAUUACUGUGGGCGCUGGAACUAUCGACCGGGACUUCCCCGCCUACGUUGUGCUCGGAAAUGGCAAGAAUUAUACCGGGGUGUCGCUCUAUAGUGGGAAGCUGCUUCCGAAAUCGCCUCUCCCCUUCGUGUACGCUGGCAACGCCAGCAACGCCACCCAGGGGAAUCUUUGCAUGCCGGGGACCCUGAUACCGGAGAAGGUGGCCGGGAAGAUCGUUCUCUGCGACCGUGGGAUGAGUCGGGGUGUCCAGAAGGGAUACGUGGUGCGCGAAGCCUGCGGCGCCGGGAUGGUACUCGCCAACACCGACGCCAACGGCGAGGAGCUCGUUGCCGGCGCCCACCUCCUCCCGGCCACCGCCGUCGGCCAGAAGGCCGGUGAUGCCAUCAGAGAGUAUCUACGAUCGCAUAAAAGUCCGACGGCGACGAUCGGAUUCGGGGGGACGAAGAUCGGGGUGCGGCCGUCGCCGGUGGUGGCGGCGUUCUCGUCGCGGGGGCCGAACUUCGUGACGGCGGAGAUCCUGAAGCCGGACCUGAUCGCCCCGGGGGUCAAUAUCCUUGCCGGGUGGACGGGGGCGGCGGGUCCGACCAGCCUGUCGGUGGACUUGCGUCGGGUGGAGUUCAACAUAAUCUCUGGGACCUCCAUGUCGUGCCCCCACGUCAGCGGCAUCGCCGCCCUCCUCAAAGCGGCCCACCCGGACUGGAGCCCCGCCGCUGUCCGCUCCGCCCUCAUGACCACCGCCUACUCCGCCUACCCCGAAGGCGAUGGCGGCCUCCUUGACGUCGCCACCGGCAAGGCCGCCACCCCCUUCGACUACGGCGCCGGCCACGUGGACCCCCCGCGCGCCGUGGAUCCGGGCCUCAUCUACGACCUCACCACCGAGGACUACAUCGACUUCCUCUGCGCGCUUAAGUACACCUCCCGCCAUAUCGCCACUGUGGCCAAAAGAACCAACUAUACCUGCGACAGUACGAGGACCUACGCGGUGUCGGGACUCAACUACCCGUCCUUCGCGGUGGUGUUCCAGAAGGGGAGCGGGGCCGGAGGCAGCGUGAAGACGGUGAAGCACACGAGGACGGUGACCAACGUGGGAGGCCCGGGGACGUACAAGUCGAUGGUGACGACUGCGGUGGCCGGCGGGGCAGUGAAGGUGGGGGUGGAGCCGGCGGAGCUGAGCUUCACGAAGAAGGGGGAGAAGAGGAGCUACACGGUGAGCUUCUCAUCACCAUCGCCGCCGUCGGUAUCGUCAGGGUUCGGCCGGCUCGAGUGGUCCGACGGGAAGCACGUCGUGGCCAGCCCCAUCGCGUUCAGCUGGACAUGAGGUCAAUGUCGUCAAUGGAAACAGUGGAACACUAGCAUCCUCGCCGUUGCUGUUUCGAGCCUAAUUUGUUAAAAUGUAAUGUAUGGUCCUUUCAA